AUGUAUUUCAGGGAAUUAAAGGACCAUGUAGGGAUUCUCAGUCAAGAUAACAAGUACCAGGACCAUGUAGGGAUUCUCAGUCAAGAUAACAUGAUGCCAGCAGAGCCAGCCAUCCCUGUACCUAUUCCAGUCCCUGCACCAGAUGCACCUCCCGAGCAUGUUCGCCUCAUACACUUCGCACCUAUCAUACCACCGACUGACCAUACUGAUGAGGCCGGACCAUCCGGACAUGCACACAUACCACCCAGUGUCGAGCCUCUCACUGCGCCAUACUCACCCCCUCAUGUUAUGCCUCUGGUGGAUCCAUAUCACCCACUGCAUUUCCCCGCUGCUACUACCGAGUUACGUGCCCGUGUGCUGACACUCGAGCAUCAGAUAGAUUUUGUUAUCCGUCGACUUAGUGAACUCGAGGAUGAACUUACUCAUCUCAUUGGUUUGGUACUUCAGGCUCCAGCACCAGCAGCCCAUUCACCACCUCAUGCUCCACCACCACCACCAGGGUCACCACCAUUACCCCCACUACCGCCCCAGAUGCCACCAGUGGAUAUACCACCAGUCGAUCUACCUGCCCGUGUUCUGGCGCUCGAGCAGCAGAGUGUGUUCCUUCAUCGUUUGGUGCUCGAUUUGGAGGGUAGGGUUUGUGAUGUUCACAGGCUAUUAUUCCCGAUUCCACCGCUAGUAUUCCCCCCACCAUAG